GAUCUACACAAGGAGGAGAUCAAGGAUCAGAAUGCAUGUUAGCACCGUUACGCUUCACUUCCUGCUCUUCUUGCACCUUCUUCUUCCUGCUGACAUGGAGGAAGAGGAGGAUAAAGUCCCUCUGGAGGUCAUCACUGAGAGCUCUCCCUGCAGCAUGACCUGUGGACUGGGGGUCAAAACACAAACUCUGUGCUUGCUAAAGGACGGCAAGGCAGCGAUGGAAAACACAGAAGGAAAGGAGGGCAGUAAGUCCAGCAUAUCAAAGACAUGUAGGAGCCAACAAGUGCAGUGUGUGGAGUCGUGGCAGUGUGGACUGAAGACCAUGACCGUGACCUCCGGUCAGCGAGUGGAGAUCGACUGUUUGGGAGAAGUCAUGGCGGCAAUGGGAGCGUUCUCCUGGAGGGUUUCGUGGCGUUACGCUCGAGGAGUAAUCAGCUCGGACGAUUCUCUGUUUGAUCGCUGGAAGGCCCCUGAUCUGCAUCGAGUGGUUCUGGACCCCGUCAGAGAGAAGGAUGCAGGUACGUAUCGCUGUGACGUUCAGGACACCAACUAUCGCAGAAGGAAGACAGUUUACUGGGGCGUCCGUGUUUUACCGGUUGGGGUCGUCAACCUGGACUACCAAAGCUCUCUGUCGCAGUGGGACGUGUCUGGAAGACGGGCCGACGGCAGCGGUGUGCUGCAGCUGGCCGCCGGGAGAGUUCUCCUCUACGCUGUGGUGAUUUGUUUCAUCUUGGCAGGCUUCUGGAUUGGACUAAUAUUCCUCUACAAGACAGUACGCUGCAGACGGCAGAAAAAUGAAAGAAAGACAGAGAUGAUGCAGUUGGAAAAAUAUGUUGUAAAAUAAAUAAAGUUUUUCA